UUCCAUUCUUCAGUCCUCAAUUUUGACGGAUGUUAUGGAUGGUGAUGGUGGUUGUCAGGUUUGGUUAAGUUAAAAAGUUAUAUGGUUUGAGUCAAAUAAUUAACAAGUAAACAUGUCAGAAAUAGACAAUUGGAUAGAAAUCGCACAACAAUGUAAAUAUUUACCGGAGAAUGAUCUCAAAAAGUUGUGUGAUAUUGUAUCUAAUAUAUUAUUAGAAGAAUCUAACGUCCAGCCUGUAUCAACACCAGUAACAGUUUGUGGAGACAUUCAUGGACAAUUUUAUGAUUUAGAAGAAUUAUUUCGUCGAGGAGGACAAGUACCUGAUACAAAUUAUGUGUUUUUGGGUGAUUUUGUAGAUAGAGGAUAUUAUAGCUUAGAAACAUUUACUAGAUUACUCACUUUAAAAGCAAAAUAUCCAAACAAAAUUACAUUAUUGAGGGGUAAUCAUGAAAGUAGGCAAAUAACCCAAGUUUAUGGUUUUUAUGAUGAAUGUAUGACGAAAUAUGGAAACGUUAAUGCAUGGAAAUAUUGUUGUAGUGUUUUCGAUUUGCUGACUGUAGCUGCUUUAAUUGAUGAAAAAAUUUUAUGCGUACACGGAGGUUUAAGUCCUGACAUUAAAACUUUAGAUCAAAUAAGAUUGCUUGAAAGAAAUCAAGAGAUACCGCAUAAGGGUGCAUUUUGUGAUUUAGUAUGGUCUGACCCUGAAGAAGUGGAUACAUGGUCGACAAGCCCCAGAGGUGCUGGAUACCUUUUUGGAGCAAAAGUUACUCAUGACUUUAUAAGAAUAAAUGCUUUAACCCUAAUUUGCAGAGCACAUCAAUUAGUACAUGAAGGUUACAAAUACAUGUUUGAUGAUAAACUAGUUACGGUUUGGUCAGCACCAAACUAUUGUUAUAGAUGUGGAAACAUUGCCAGUAUAUUAGAGUUUACAACUACUGAUAAAAUUGAGGCGAAACUUUUCCACGCAGUUCCAGAUUCGGAAAGAGUUAUACCUAGUAGGAAUGUUACACCUUAUUUUUUAUAAAACAAUAAUAAAGUUUUAAGUCAC